AUGCAACGACACGGUGCAGCUUGGGCAGAUUCACUGCGCUAUCGUCAUCCGAAUUUGGAUCAGUUGGCAGGAUUGCGUCGUAUCACCUUGAACGACAAUCCGCGAAUCGGUGAUGCCGGAUCGAUCAGUAUGGCCGAGGCGUUGGCGGAUGAUCUGUGGAUCAAAGCCGUCGAU